AUGGUAGCCCUGAUUCCGGUUCCUCCCCCUGGUGCCUUCAUAAAUCUGAUUUACCCUGCUGCCUUUGCAGGUCGCAUUUGGGCGAGAGCCAGACUGCGCUACAACUCUUCCCGAUCUCUCUUCGCCUCCACAAUGGCACUCAACAGCGCCCAGGAUGUUCCUCAGUGGGUUGACAGCCUUGUCAACGGACACAAGGUCACUGUCUUCGCGAAAACGCACUGCCCCUACUGCCAGGCUGCUAUUGCGGCCCUGAGGAGCUUGAAUGUUAGCGACAUGCACGUGGAGCAAAUAGAGAACAACCCGCACUGCAACGCCAUUCAAGACUAUUUGAAGGAGAAGACAGGUGCAAGAUCCGUGCCUCGUGUAUUUAUAAAUGGCACUUUCUUUGGUGGCGGCGAUGACACGGUAGCGGGAGUGAAGAAUGGCACUCUGCAGAAGUUGGUCGCAGCUUGA